GGAACCACACGGCAAUCCUCGAGUCUCGCUAGUUGGUCAGUACCUUCAGUGGCGUUAUGCCAGGAAGGCCUCGUGAAUCUCAUCAUUAACCUUGUACAGUACGCUUUUAUUUAUUUCGGUAACUUGAUCACUUCUGUUUCGUUACUUUCACUGUUACUUAAAACAUUUACAUGUCCUUCUUAAUCUUAUUAGUGAUUCUCUAGUCAUGUUUAUUGUUAUUUACACCUCGCCCUGGCGAGAUUACAGUGCUCUAGUGUCAAAGUGUAUGAAAACAACAUCCGAAAUAAUUGAAAUAAUUUAUUAGACGAAGACUUGAUUUUAUUGACGGUGGUGUUUUGAUUGAAUUUUUGAUAUUUUUCAACGGGGUGAUAUUAGUAGAGGAAUGAACCGAUAAAGCUGCAGGUCCUGGGACACGCAUAUGGGGAACCAGCAUGCAGUGGAUCGGUUUCAUGGCCACGAUUCUCUGGUGGUCGAGCGUCGUCAGGUGUCUCAACACCCUAAAUCGAGGUCACAGCUACAAGAUAACUCCAAAGCCCUGUCGUGUGGCCGGUCCAGAUGGUGGAGCAAGUUUGCAUGGCACAUGUAUGUUUGUGUGGGAAUGUAUCAGGUCUCAAGGUACUCAUGUAGGUGUUUGCGUGGAUACAUUCAUGUUUGGCAGUUGUUGUGUUCUUAGUAACAAUGAAACAACAUCAACGUCAACGUCAACAACAACAACAAAUUUGGUUGAUACUCAACAGUAUACAUCAUCCGUAACUUCAACUGUCGAGCCAUCCAGAUUGUCUGACACUACGAUUAAAGAAGUCGUGACAACGACUCAAAGGCCAACUGAAAAUAUUCUUGAGACUACGAAACCGAGGCCGGAUUAUUCGAGUUUUAUUAACAGGCCAAAGAGACCGCAUUCACCUUCUUACAAUUUACAAUCAGUACCAGCAAGACUUCCUGAUGAUGGAAAAACCCAAACAGCCGAUCAACCUGAGAACAAUCAACGAAUGCGACCUAGUGAAGGUUUUCUUCAUGUUACUAAGCCAGAACGAUCACCGUCGUUUACUAAUGUACCACCUCCACCAGAACCGCCUUCUUCCGGUCUUCAUUAUAUCACUGAAAAAGAAGAGGACAAUGUAAUUACUGAAAUAGCUGGAGAUCGUAUUACAGCGGCGAGCUCAAAUUCUAUAAGAACAGAAAAACCACCAGCUCAUUGGUUAGCAACAAAUGAUCCAUUACAUGGAUCUACCUUCUACUCUAGUGUUAAAACUCAAACUUAUAGACCUGGAUCAUCAUCAUUUAAUCAUCACACAUCUACAGAAGAAAGACCAAAUUUCGUGUCAAAACCAGAUAACAUGCAUAAAAAACCAAGCAAAGUUUGGACAACAUUCAAACCAACUAGUACAGAACAGAGCAUGGCUGAAUCACUGCAACCAACUACACACUGGUCAGUUACGACAGAACCGGCUUUUAUUACAAAACAAAAAUAUCCAAGUUCAGGAUUAUCAUUAGUUAAUCGUCCGAGUGAUUCAAAUAAUUUUUGGGCUGAUAAACCUUGGACAACAGCGAAAGAUAAACGGCCAUGGUCUAAUGAUGGAGAUCGUGGAGAUGAUAAUGAAAAUUCAAUGAAAAAACCUGACCAAGAGAACACACCAGUAGAAUAUGGUAAGCCUCAUCAUGGUUCAGCGAAUCACUACAUCACUACAGCCGAUCUUGGGUCAUUGGUCAAUUCAAAGCCUACUCGUAGACGAACACCACAGCCACCAAGAAUAGCAGCUACAACUACAAGUUACUUCAACAGUAACAAUUAUAAUUUACAUGGUGAAACAUCUACAAAGCCUACUACGACUUUAACUGCUAAAACAACUACAAUACCUUCUACAACAACGCCAAUGAUUGUUACAUCAACGACAAUGUCUUCAAUUCCAACGACUCGAAAAAAUCCUCCAGGGUCCAUUCCAACUAUUUCAGCAGUUUCUGGGCAAUCUGUUGAAGGAAAACAUGUAACACAAUGUGGAAUACCUCCUCUUUUUCCCAGACCGGAAACUAGAAUUGUUGGUGGAAAGGAUGCACCAUUCGGAAGAUGGCCUUGGCAAGUUUCUGUUCGCAGAACUUCAUUUUUUGGAUUUUCAAGUACUCACAGGUGCGGUGGAGCUGUUUUAAAUGAAAAUUGGAUUGCUACUGCUGGUCAUUGUGUUGAUGACUUAUUAACCUCGCAGAUAAGGAUCAGAGUAGGUGAUUAUGAUUUUUCUUCAGUUCAAGAAAGACUUCCGUACGUUGAACGAGGAAUCGCAAAAAAAGUUGUGCAUCCGAAAUAUAAUUUUUUCACUUACGAGUACGAUUUAGCUCUCGUGAAGUUGGAAACUUCAUUAGUUUUUGCUCCUCAUAUAUCGCCAAUUUGCUUGCCUGCAACUGAUGAUCUUCUUGUUGGAGAAAAUGCUACAGUUACUGGUUGGGGAAGACUUUCGGAAGGUGGAACAUUACCAUCAGUACUUCAAGAGGUUUCCGUACCAAUUGUUAGUAAUGAUCGAUGCAAAUCAAUGUUCUUACGUGCAGGAAGACAUGAGUUCAUUCCUGAAAUAUUUUUGUGUGCUGGCUAUGAAAAUGGUGGACAAGAUUCAUGUCAAGGUGAUUCUGGUGGUCCGCUCCAAGUUCGUGGUAAAGAUGGGCGUUAUUUUCUAGCAGGAAUUAUUUCCUGGGGAAUCGGCUGUGCCGAAGCAAAUUUACCUGGUGUUUGUACACGUAUUUCAAAGUUUGUACCGUGGAUUUUGAAAAACGUGUCUUGAAAAACGAGCCAAUUUAUUUGUUUCUUCUGCGUCGUCAAUUGUAAACAUAA